AUGGUGACGAAACUGUUCAUAGUUAUGUUUGUUUGUUGGGGUGUGGAUGGGUUUCCGGAUGGCGCGCCUGUGGACGCUUGCGUCAAAGAUCGUGCCAACCAACCUAACCAUGGGCAGCACCGCACGCAGCCGCUAUCGAACCUGCCUUAUAGGAUCGUCGCCUCAUCUUCUAACUAUGAACCCAAUUCCAAGAUCACAGUGAUGAUCGAAGGCACAGAAACAUUCAAAGGCUUUUUCAUCCAAGCACGCUCUGCUGAAAACAACGAAUGGAUAGGCUCUUGGGAUGAGACUCCGAACACCAGUCCUCUCCCGGAGUGUUCAGCCAUCACCCACGCGGACCCUAAAGACAAGAUCAGAGCUAUUCUCUCGUGGAAAGCGCCCCACAAUUCCCAUGGACGUGUGUAUUUCACAGGCACGGUUCUGAAGAACUACGGAACAUUUUGGUCGAAUCUCAUCGCCGAGGCGCCGCAAGACCCCGCUGCACUACAAGUUCUUUAUUAA